AUGGAGUCCUCCAACACACAGGAGCCCUCACUAACGCCAGUCACCACGACACAACGAGCAAGAUGGGCUACACGCAAGAUGACCAUCAAGAGCAGCGGCCUGAAGCGGCUGUCGCUUCUUGGUAGGGCCCAAAAUCGAGGCUCUUCCACGGAGAAGAAGAGGGCGUCGAUGGGAAAGGGAGGCGAGUCGCUACAACAAUCCUCAGACCCAGACAACGAGGAUCAAGACCAGGGCGAACCUGAUGAUCAGCCAGAAGGCCCUGGACCACGAACCCUUUACUUCAACUUACCGCUGCCUCCUGAGAAGUUAAACGAAAAGGGCGAGCUCAUCGAUACUUACCCGCGAAACAAGAUUCGGACCGCCAAAUACACACCCCUGUCGUUCAUCCCAAAAAACCUGUGGUUGCAAUUUCACAACAUUGCCAACAUUUAUUUUCUUUUUCUUGUCAUUCUAGCAUUCUUCCCUAUAUUUGGCAGCGUCAAUCCCGGCCUCGGCGCCGUGCCAUUAAUUUUCAUUGUCGCGGUUACGGCAAUCAAAGAUGCGAUCGAGGAUUCUAGGAGGACCCAGUCUGACAUCGAGCUUAACGAUUCAACCGUUCACCGUCUUUGCGGAUGGAACAAUAUCAACGUCAAGGAGGAUAACAUAUCCUUAUGGCGAAGAUUUAAGAAGGGAAAUACCAAGGUGUUCGGUGGCAUAUGGCGCUUCAUGGAGACUUUGUGGAGCAAGGAGGCUCGCGAGAAGAGGAGGGAGAAGGCUGCACAGGUCUCCGAUAAUCCCAGGAUAUCAAUCGACACCAGGCGAACCGGGAGGCCCGAGUCGAUGAUCUCGCCUCACACACACCGAACAUCUUUCAUAUCCGCUCGAGAGGAUAUCCCGAUGACCCCAGUCACGUCGCCGUUGCCGCGUGCAGACGGCCAGCAAAACCUCGAGGUUGUGCCACCGCAAGAAGGUCUUGCGCCGGGGAGGCCAUCGUCAAACUUCUCUUUUCGAGGUGACUCGGCCGAACUGGCGCAUAUCAAGACUGACCUCAUCAACCGAUCCAUUCCUGCUGAGGGCAAGGCUAGAUUUCGCCGCGACAAAUGGAAAAACCUGCAAGUGGGGGAUUUUGUUCGCAUAUACAGCGACGAUGAGCUGCCGGCCGACAUUAUCAUCUUGGCCACUUCAGAUCCUGAGGGAGCCUGUUACAUUGAAACCAAGAAUCUUGACGGUGAGACGAACCUCAAAUUUCGCCAGGCGUUGAAGUGCGGGCGAAAUAUGAAAACCUCCCGAGACUGCGAGAGGGCACAGUUCAUUGUCGAAAGCGAGCCUCCGCAGCCUAACUUGUACAAGUACAACGGAGCCAUCAAGUGGAAUCAACCUGUUGAAGGGGAUUCGUCUGGCUCGUGGCGUGAAAUGACGGAGCCCAUCACGAUCGACAAUACACUGCUCCGUGGCUGCAACCUACGAAACACGGACUGGGUGCUGGGCGUUGUCCUGUUCACUGGUCACCACACCAAGAUCAUGAUGAACUCGGGCAUCACGCCCAGUAAGAGGCCACGUAUUGCGAGAGAGCUCAACUACAACGUUUUGUACAAUUUCUUCAUCCUUUUCGGCAUGUGUCUCCUCUCGGCGAUUGUCAAUGGGUUCGCCUUUGGCGCUGCAGACAACUCUAUAGCCUUGUUCGAAUAUGGCUCUAUCGGUCCGACGCCUGCCAUGAAUGGUUUCAUCACGUUCUGGGCAGCCAUUAUUCUCUUCCAGAACUUGGUACCGAUCUCCCUGUUCAUCUCACUGGAGCUAGUGCGUCUCCUCCAGGCUUUCUUCAUCUACAGCGACGUCGACAUGUACUAUGAGCCCAUCGACCAACCUUGUAUACCGAAAUCAUGGAACAUCUCGGAUGACCUGGGCCAGAUAGAGUACAUUUUCUCGGACAAAACUGGAACCCUGACUCAGAAUGUGAUGGAGUUCAAGAAGGCAACCAUCAAUGGUCAGCCCUAUGGUGAAGCCUACACAGAGGCAUUGGCUGGUCUUCACCGUAGAAUGGGCAUUGACGUGGAGAAGGAGGCGGCCGAGGCGCGUGUGCAAAUCGCAGCGGACAAGGAAAAGGCCCUUGCCUCUCUCCGCAAAAUUCACGACAAUCCCUACCUUCAUGACGAGGACUUGCAAUUCAUUGCCCCGGAUUUCGUCGAGGAUCUGAUGGGCGCUAACGGUCAGGAGCAGCAACAGGCGUGCGAACGCUUUAUGCUUGCACUCGCUCUGUGCCAUACUGUCAUACCUGAAAGACAACCAGGCGAGAACCCCAAAAUGUUAUACAAGGCUCAGUCUCCAGACGAGGCGGCUCUUGUCUCCACCGCCCGUGACAUGGGCUUUACUGUGCUGUCUUGUAACUCGGAUGGUGUCCGCCUCAACGUCAUGGGCGAGGAGAGAUAUUACCCUAUCCUCAACACCAUCGAGUUCAACUCCUCUCGAAAGAGGAUGUCUGCGAUCGUUAGGAUGACUGAUGGCCAGACAGUGCUGUUCUGCAAAGGUGCCGACAGUAUCAUAUACUCGCGACUCAAGAAGGGUGAGCAGAAGCAACUGAGGACGGACACUGCUCAACAUCUCGAAAUGUUCGCACGAGAGGGUCUGCGUACAUUGUGUAUUGCCGAGCGCGUCCUGGACGAGCAAGAAUACCAGGAAUGGUCAAAGCAGUAUGCAGUUGCAGCUGCGGCUGUAGAGAAUCGUGAGGACAAGAUGGAGGCCGUUGCGGACCAGAUCGAGCAAGACUUGACCCUUCUGGGCGGGACGGCCAUCGAGGAUCGUCUUCAGGACGGCGUGCCGCAGACGAUAGCUGUACUGGCUGAGGCUGGUAUCAAGCUCUGGGUGCUAACUGGUGACAAGGUCGAGACGGCCAUCAAUAUUGGGUUUUCGUGCAACCUCCUCAAUAACGAUAUGGAGUUACUUAACCUCAAGGUUGAUGAGGAUGAGACGGGUCAAACAACGCGAGAACAGUUCAUGGCUUCGCUCGAGGCUGAAUUGGACAAAUAUCUCAAGAUAUUCAACCUGACUGGUAGCGAUGAGGAUCUGGCCGCGGCCCGGAAGAUACAUGAGGCCCCUCAGGCCACUCACGCCGUUGUCAUCGAUGGUUUCACGCUGAGGUGGGUCCUCGAGGACACGCUCAAACAGAAGUUCCUUCUUCUUUGCAAGCAGUGCAAGUCGGUUCUUUGCUGUCGUGUCAGCCCAGCGCAAAAGGCCGCCGUCUGCGCCAUGGUCAAGAACGGCUUGGAUGUCAUGACGCUCUCGAUCGGGGAUGGUGCCAACGAUGUGGCCAUGAUCCAGGAGGCCGACGUCGGUGUUGGCAUUGCCGGAGUUGAGGGUCGCCAGGCCGUCAUGUCGUCCGAUUAUGCUAUUGCCCAAUUUUCAUUUCUCCAGCGACUCGUCCUGGUUCAUGGACGUUGGUCCUAUCGACGGCUUGCCGAAUCAAUCAGCAACUUCUUCUACAAGAAUCUGGUGUGGGCAAUGCCUCUAUUCCUGUUCCAGAUCUAUUGCGAUUUCGAUAUGACCUAUCUCUUCGACUACACCUAUAUCCUCAUGUUCAACCUGCUCUUCACCUCGGUCCCCGUUAUCCUCAUGGGUGUGCUGGAUCAAGAUGUGUCCGAUACCGUUUCCCUAGCUGUGCCCCAACUGUACCGCCGUGGCAUUGAGCGCCUGGAGUGGACACAGACGAAGUUCUGGCUCUACAUGUUGGAUGGCACCUAUCAGGGUGUGAUGAGUUUCUUCAUCCCCUACUUGGUUGUUAUUGGCUCUCCCUUCGUAACCAUGAAUGGCCUGGACGUCACCGACCGCGUCCGAUUUGGUGCCUACAUCGCUCACCCUGCCGUUGUAACCAUCAACCUCUAUAUCCUUAUCAACUCAUACCAGUGGGACUGGCUCAUCGUCCUAGUUGUCGUCCUGAGCGAUCUCUUCGUCUUCUUCUGGACCGGCGUUUUCACAUCCAAUACUUACGCGCAGUGGUUCUAUCAGGCGGCACCUCAGAUUUACGCAGAGCCCUCCUUUUGGGCAGUUUUCAUCAUCACUCCUGUCAUGUGUAUGUUCCCGCGCUUUAGCAUCAAGGCGUUACAGAAGGUCUACUGGCCUUAUGACGUCGACAUCAUUCGCGAGCAAGUCCAGCAGGGCAAGUUCGAUAGAUUGCAACCCGCACCCGUUGGACAGACUCUCCCGGGAGGACGAUCGACUGCUGGUUCAUCGCCGUCACUUGCCAAGGGCAACACAGGCGCUUUCAACGGCCAAGACGACGAAAGACCCAUCUAUCCUCCAUCUGUGGCAACGCACACCCGAACACAGACUGGAAGCGACGGUACCAACUAUACGGGACACAGGAUGUCUAUGGAGCAGCAGCAGUUGGAACACCAACCACUAGACCAGCUCACGCCCAUGGAGCACAUACCAACAAGACCAUCGAUUGACAGGGCACGACCGUCUUACGACCGUGUCAGGGCGUCGAUGGAUCGCGUACGGCCCAGCUACGAGGCGAGCAACGACUUCACCUCGGCAGCGCGCCUUUCCAGGGUCGAAUCAUCACGUUCGCGGGGCGGACCUCCACUAAGCUCUCACAAUCUGUUUGCUGGACGACUUCGUGGACUGUCUAUAAUUUCAGCAAAGAGCAGACACGGGCCCGACUCUCGAGGUGGGCAAUAA